AUGGGUCAACUAUUUACUCGAAUAUCAACAACACAAAGGCCCGAACAACAAACAUCAUCAAUAAUAACACAAAACAAUUUUAUUACAACUAAACGAAAACGUAUUGAUCAAGAUAUUAUAUCAAAAAAGAGAAAAAUUCUUCUAAAUGAUAAUGAUAACAAUGUUCGUUUAUCAUUUUCUUCAAGAAUGUCAAAAAAUACAAAAGUUUCGAAAUUAAUUAAUACAUCUAUUAUUAGUCAUUCUUUCUCAUCGAUGACAAUAUUUAAAUGUCAAUUAUGUUGUCGAUGUUUUACAAGUAAAGAUUCUUAUCUUGAUCAUAUGAUAAUUUGUGCUAUUGAACAUCAAGCAUCAAUUAAAAUAGUACGUGCACAAAAAAAACUUAUUCAUUUCAGUCAAUGA